AAGUGAGGAAAUUCUGAGUUUAGGACUUCCAGCUGGGAAAUAGAAACUGCGGGGUGGCGAUACAGGAAGGAAUUGAAGUUCUUCGAUAGCAGGCGGUUUUCGUCAAGUAGAGGCGGGCACUGGGAAGUACAUUUCCGACUAGGAAAGGACGCGAAUUUGUGACGUCACUACGCCCGCUCUCUACUGUUUUGUGGAGUGUCGUGUGAAGCAUACGCCAAGAAGAGACUACUUCCUGGGCUGCGACUGACGAGCUGUCAGUCUGUUGCGCAAUGGUUUCAUCGCGUUGAGGAGGUGCCACAUGGGAACUGCCCCCCACAGCGGUAAGAGUUAGCGAACAGGGUAAUAAGAAAAAUCAUCGGGACAUUUAACAAUGAUGGAUGAAGCGAUCACAACGCUGCCGCCAGCGCCACCACUCCACGAGCUAAACGGUAGCGAUCCUCACGUCCUUCUAAAUCCUUCCGCUACCAAACUACCAGCAAAUCCACUCGCAGCGCUAACAUCCCUCUUAACGAUACUAGCCCAGAAGACGUUACUGGGUAUACUCAGCGCGGCACCUUGCAACGGAACCGCCGGGCCCUGUCAGGCAGGAGUGGGCGAUAACGCGUCCAGCGCGACGCUUCUUAACCAUCGCGAACACGCCGAAUACGACAGUGACGGCGACACCAGGACGGUCGAAGAAGUGCUUGCCAUUGCAGUACCCAUCCUAUUCGGCGCCAUCGCGGUGAUCGGUUUCUUCGGCAACGCGCUGGUGGUUCUCGUGGUACUAUGCGACCCGCAAAUGCGAUCAACCACGAACAACCUGAUCAUCAACCUGGCGAUGGCCGACUUGCUCUUCAUCGUCUUCUGCGUCCCUUUCACCGGAUGGGACUACACCCUCAACUACUGGCCGUUCGGCGACACCUGGUGUCGAAUCGUCCAGUACCUCGUGAUCGUGUGCGCGUACGCGAGCAUCUACACAUUGGUCCUCAUGUCCCUUGACCGGUUCCUCGCGGUCGUCCAUCCGAUUACUUCCAUGUCCAUCAGGACCGAACGAAACGCCAACCUCGCCAUACUCUUCACCUGGGUCGUCAUCCUCGCAGCCUGCGUCCCUGCGCUCUUCGCUCACGGGGUCGUGCUAGUCGAAGAGACCUACUCCGCCUGCACCUUCAGGACCGACAUGGGUUACAACAUAGCCGCCUUCCAGAUAUCCUUCUUCAUGUCCUCAUUCGUAGUCCCGCUGGCCAUUGUUUUCGUGCUGUACCUCCUGAUGCUGAAGAGGCUCUGGCUGGCCGCCGCUCCCGGAGGCCGCAUCAGCGCCGAGAGCAUGCGCUCCAAGAAGCGCGUCACCCGUCUCGUCGUGGUCGUCGUGGUAGUGUUCGCGCUGUGCUGGUGUCCUGUUCAGGUGGUGCUGGUGCUCAAGAGCGUCGACCUGUACGGGCGGAACAUGAAUGCGCCGCGCAUAGUGGUCCAGAUCGCGUCGCAGAUACUCGCCUACACCAACUCGUGCGUCAAUCCGUUCCUCUACGCUUUCCUCUCGGACAACUUCCGCAAGAGCUUCCGCAAAGUGAUCUGCUGCGGCCGCAAGGCGUCGCACGCGGGCGGCUCUUCGUGCAAGGGGAGAUCGCGCGCCGUCGACGAUGCGGAAAGGACGAGGAAGGAAAGCUCAGCGGCGUGUGUCACGAAACUGACCAAGGUGUCUAACGACAUACUGUGAAUGUUCAAAAGAAGCUGUUUUUGAUUGACAGGACAAUCGAUCAAUCAGUGUUCGAUACGGUUAAAUUUGAUGUGGCUGACUCGUCAUUUUCUUUAAAGAAACGAAAUCAAGCAUCCCACAUAGAACUCGACAGUCAAGCUAGUCCUAGAGGCGCUUCUGUCACCAAAACAUUGAGGAAGCCGCAUGACUUGUGUUUCUUUCGUAUCCGUUAUUUCGUGUAUGACGUUGCAUCUUUUGAAAGAAUGAUCAAUCGCUUUGUACAGUCGUUAACAAGCAUGAAGUGCUGUCACUUCGGUGCGAUGCUCGGGCCUGCGUAUGAGCCGUGUAAGGAAAUGUAGAGAACGAUAAAUACGUGCAGGCAAUUCUUCGAGCACCCGUUAAGAGUCUAUGACUCCGAUCACAGUGCACUAAAAGCAAAAAGUUGUGCCCAAUAUUUACUUCAAAUGUGAGGCUUCCUUUUUAAACGUGCUUUCUUGCUAACGUUGCAUGUUGAAGAUAUUUUGUGCCAGGCGAAAUUCUCCUAAAUGUCAAUGACCAUUAUCACAGGUGAAUGCGACCAACGAGGUACUUCAAUUACAAAUUAUGUGUAUGACCUUGUAUCUUUUGAAAGAAUGACUAAUCGCUUUGUAUAGUCGUUAAGCAACACGAAGCGCUGUCACUUCGGUGCGAGGCUCUGGAAAUCGUUGCUUUGGAACCUGCACCGACAAAUGGAGUUCUGCUCAAAGAAAAUCUUUCGAGCAUUAGCGUAGCAUAGAAAUAUUACAUAAAUAUUACUGUGAAGAGCGACUGGCAAGGAAACUUUAGCCCAAUAAAACUUAUAGCACAGGCUCCUCGCAGUAGCAUUCAAGGGUGUACCACUAAGCGAUGUCAAAGACUGCGAAAUAUUCCAAGACAGGGUCGAUAAGUAACAAAUGGUGUUAACCUUCUUGCAAAAAAUGUUCGACCCAGUUUGCAACAGUAAAUUUAGAAUGUGCGACAUUUGCUGACCAUCGGAAGUUAAAAAAAGGAACAGGCUCAUAACUUUUAAAUAGUACUAGGAACAGUGCAGGAAAACAAAAAAAAACUGCUUUUUGUGCUCUUUCACGUUCGCUUGCUGCCCUGGUAUUUCAACCCAUCACCUUUCUUUAGAAAUGCGAACUUAGCUACAAUUCCUACAGGCUGCUUCGUUAUACUGCGCGAAUUAAAUUCAUAACGCGGCCCUAAUUGCUUUGCAAAACAUAUGAAUGUAGGAGUGGACGUACUGAUAGCGAUAGAUACUACCAUUAAAUAGUCUUGAAAUCUACAGACAUAUAAGUCGCGUCGACAAGAAGAAUUGUUUCAUUCCGUUCUUUACUACCUGCAACAAAGACAAAAAAAAGAAUCUAUAUACAGCCGCGGUACUGUAUUAUCACUUGACGCUUGGCUAUUUGAGUCAUGCUGGUCAUGCUUGAAAAGACGUGCUACCAUGUAAAACGUUACAGGACACACGUAUCCUUUCUUGCAGUCUGCGGUCCCGCAGCAAUUUCUAUCAGCGAAUUUUCUCUGCGGUUGUUCCUUCAUACACAGCUUUCAUGCACCCCACCAAGACAAAAACGGUUAUUCGUUAGAAGAGCCGAAGCAAGCGCGGCAAGCAACACAAGUGAACGUCAUUAUUUUUAUUCCAUGUAAUUUAGAAGGUUUGCUCAUAAGCGGAGUAAUCAUGGUCAAGGUUUUCAGAACUAAACCAAAAUUUCAUAAGAACGUCUUUCUGAAAUACUCCCAAAGAGGGUAUUGAAAGGACACCCUUCUCAUUAGAGUCUUUUGUUGUACCUCAGAAAAUAAAGGAAGUGUACUUGAAGGGUACGGGUCCUAAUGAAAUGCUUAUGCCAGUGCAUCAAAGGAAACACAAUAGAUUCGAUAAGGCGAAAAUUGCGUGCAGAGCCAUAGAGCCUGUUAUAAUACUCGAUCACCAAGGCAUAUGAAUGCGCCUGCAUAGAACUGGCGCGGAUAAUACGCAGCCUUAGCGAUAGCAUGAUCGUACACCCCUUAAUGAGUGUACCCUUUGUGCUAUACGAGUGGAACCUUCGAAACAAGAAAUGCUUUUGUGCGAAGGCGGUUGUGGAGCCAGAUAAACAAUGUACUGUUUCAAUACAAGAGCAGGACUUACGCAAAGAGGCAACCACGUAAAAUGAAAGAAAAAAGAUGCACUGGACACCAAUUUUGGCCACGUAGCGGUAAUAAUUAUGAAUCGUCUUUACAGUUUGCUUCUUUUGUGUUAUGCCUCAGGUAUUUUUAUGUCCCUAGUGCCAUCUAUGUGUCAAGCCCUGCGGCAUUCUUGAUAGACAAGCCACGAGUAAUAAAGAAACGAUCAUACCACUAGAGUAGUAACACUUCUGGUGACAUACAAUGACACUUUAGACGUAUGCGAAACGUUAUUCUGCUUUGCGCCUUGCUCACAACAUAGCAAAUGCAGCAUCGGGAAAUAAAAAUCACGCUUGGUUAAGGAGCACAGCAAUGCGCUUGCAUCAGGCUCGAAGACUGAAAAACAAAAGCAAAAGAAAAGAAACACAGUUGCCUAGUUUGUACUGAUAAAUUUCUCUACUUUUCUCACCUCGAUAUUAAUUUUAGUGGCACACAGAAGCCGUUUGAUAAUGAACGGCGCUCGUUCGAUAUUUCGUGCGAAAAUAUUGAGCAGCCUAUAGCGCUUAGUUGUUGAUCUGCUUACACUACCUUAUUUUAUUGUAAAGAAGGCUGUUUACCAGUGGCGCAGCAAUAACUUUUUUGCCGGAUGUGUUUAACCACACGUUUUAUAUGGUCGUGCGUACGUUUGUGUAUGAGCGCGUACAUGCACACGCAAAACUGGAAAAUUUGGGUGGAGAGAAAAUUGACCCUUCCCCCCCCCCCCCCCCCGCUUUGGUUACGCCAGUGCUGUUUACUGAAGGGCACAACCGCGUGCACGGGUGCAUUAUCGUCUUCGCAGUGUGCCACAUCAUUCGGCAGCGGGGAGAAUACGAGGUUAACGCAGUGAUUGAUGAGGUUACGAAAUAACGCAAGAAAGGAGCUAUCGGCUGCACCAUUGGGUCUGAAGAUCUCUCUAAAUGUACUCAUCGUAGUCUUCAAUGCAAGCGAUUCUUUUAUGUCACAUGCGGUUUAAAUGUAUUCACCGCCAGAGUGUCGCUUGGACAUGAGCCUACGAAGGACUCAAUUGCGUUCAAACUCCCAACACACAGCGCAUACGCGAAUUUUGCGAAGAGCUUUUGCAGCCGCGUUGUCCUGAUUCCAUUUAAAACGGCUAGGCAAAGCGCGUUUGAAAUGUCUUUGAAAUGUGUUCGACAAGCGCGCAUUCUUAACCUCCAAAUGCGCAAGCGCCAUUUUGAGAGCCCACUGUCGCGCACAACGUGACCUGCAUUUAAAUCUACUCUGUGUCGCCUUGUUCGCGUGAUUUUAUUUAUUUGCCAAACGCGAUUGCUGUAGCAGAGGCAGUGUAUAUAAUACGCAUGUUCACGAGCGAUAUUCUCAAUCUAAAAACUUUCGGGGAUGUCACCUUCAGCAAACCCUGAUUGGUUAACUCAGUUGGGCAAAACACCAACGCUGCACUGUGACGUCGUAACUGAUGAUGUCACGCCGCAGUUUAGCGAAUAGGCAAUUACUUCACAGGGGGCGUCAUACUGAUGGACGGCCGACCCGGUAAUAACUAUAUCGACUUACCUAUCUGAAAAAAAACGCAAUGGAAGCUGUGACUAGGACAACAAAAUGGAGUACGUGACGUCAUACGAAUGGUCACUAUAUAGAAGGGUGUCCCAGAAAGUGAUUGAGAAUACCGACCCGAGUUGCUGCAUCGUUUUAAAUGUCUCCUCCAUGACAUUUCAGCGUCUUCAGUGUUUGAUAGAGUCCCGUGUAAAGCAAGAGACGCGAUUCAAUAUAGACUUCUCGUUCCAACCACCUCUGUUAAACGCAUCCUUUAGAAUGUUCAGCAAUCAAUAUUGAUGAAGACGAACUGUGUGAUAACGGAGAAAAUUGUGCUAUUUAGACCACACCAGAGAUUACGUGUACGUUAUUUAAUGUUGACGCAAUAAAGAUAUAUUU